AUGUUGAUACGGAUGUGCCACUCAUUUUGUAUUAUCGUCAGGACUGAGUCAACCGAUCAGUGGCGCGAAUGGAUGGGCACUACGCUGGAGAAACUGAUCAGCCCGAACUUGUACAGAACACCUUCGGAGUCUUUGAAAGCAUUCGAAUACAUCACCACUGUGAGCAAUUUUACGACGUUCGAAGCCUUGUCUGCGAAGUACUUCGGAGCAUUUGUUAUGUACUUAAUUGGCAAGCGCAACAAAAAUCGACUAGGAAUCACUGAUGAGAGGCAAGCCAUGUACGACGCUUUGGACAAGUGGGUCGACGAAGGAGUGGCAGAUAAGCAAUUCGAAGGAGGCGACGCACCUGCCAUGAUCGACCUGGAAGUCUUUGGCAUCUGCAAAGCGUUAAGCAAUAUGCCUGUGUUCGGCGAUAUAAUGAAGAACUCGAAGGUUGGCCCUUGGUUCGUCAGGAUGAGAAAUGCGGUGGGAGACGAUAUGAGAAUUCUGCCUCAGGCCACACAAUAA